AUCCUCUGAUACAAUUCAGAAAUCCCAUCUCUAUGACAAGGCCCAGCCAUCAGUCUUCUACAAAUCUUAUCCUUGAGGCAUUUUUGGUAAGAUCGGUCUUUGAAAUCUUUCAAGAAAAAGUCUUGAUCUUUCCAAAUUCAAUUCGAUUUGAUGCAAUAACAAUGCUGGCUGAGGUGAAGAAUUUGCAAAACAACGACUCCAAAUCCAUUACUCUUUGGCUUAACAAAACCAAGGGUACUCUGCCUCAUGAAGAAGAUGAAUUAGCCAAGGCAAUACAAAAGAAGAUUGCAAGGAAGAACAUGACGGAAAGCAAACCAGCUAAAAAUGCCACUCCCAACAAGACUUGCAUAUGUGCUCCGACCAACCACGCAGGCUCGUUUAAGUGCCACCUCCAUCGGAUCAGCGUUGCGUGGUCGGUAGAAGACAGUCGUAGCAGAUCAAAGCUGCAAUGCAAAGCAAACUUCAAUGCCAAUGCCAAGAAUGGUCUUCAUGAUGUGGUUGAGAAACAGCCGAACCUAUCGAGAUUCGGCAGGGCUGCCUCUGCAAGAAGUUGCCGUGAAAACCUUCCUUACACAAUGGCUGAGCAAGUUAAUUGAUCUGUUCUGCAAGGUUUUAGUUAUGGUUCCUCCAGUUGUUGUAAUUUGUAAAUGACAAUAGUUUUAGAAACUUUUGCAAGUAGUUUUCAUGUAUUUUGUUUUCAUUCUUCUUCUUAUGAUCAGCAGCGUCUCCA